GUUCCAAAGAUUGAAAAAAUUGCAACGGUGACACUCGAGGAUAAUGGUCGUGAAGAAAAAGUAGCAGAUGUAAAAGACUAUUCACAGAUGCUCACAAAAAUUGCUCCACUAUCAGCCGGCCCGUCAUAUCGAAUACCGAACCGAAUAUUCUGCGACGAGAUAGAUGCUAAGCUGAAUGAGAAAAGUGUGCAAACUCAUGCGCACAGAAAAGUGGCGAAAAAAAUGGAUAAGGAAAAGCAGUCAUAUCUCGAAGAACUUGUUGUUGAAGAGAAACCAGCCCGUAAUGAAUUUGUGGUCGAAAAGGAGCCAACCUUUCGGCUGACUUUUCAGCAAACAUUUCCUCUCUAUCCGCAAUCAUCGCUGGUCGCUUUUGGUUCAUCGAUUAACGGCUGUGGUGCGUAUAAUUCGGAUAUGGAUUUAUGUCUUUGUGUGGGUGAGCAAGAGACACCUUUGCAAACUUAA